UCUUCCUCUCCCAACCUGUGUCGGGUCCUUCAUCCUGGAUACUCAUGACGCGAACCCAGUUCCCACUCCCAUUGGGUGCCGGGUUUCUAGAGAAGCCAAUCAGCGUCGCCGCGCUCCCCGUUCUAAAGUCCCCAGUCACCCACCCGGACUCAGAGUCUCCCCAGACACUGAAGAUGGGGUCAUGUUGCCCCGAACCCUCCUCCUGCUGCUCUCGGGGGCCCUGGCCCUGACAGAGACCUGGGCGGGCUCCCACUCCAUGAGGUGUUUCUACACCUCCGUGUCCCGGCCCGGCCGCGGGGAGCCCCGCUUCAUCUCCGUGGGCUACGUGGACGACACGCAGUUCGUGCGGUUCGACAGCGACGCUGCGAUUCCGAGAGCUGAGCCGCGGGCGCUAUGGAUGGAGCAGGAGGGGCCGGAGUAUUGGGACCGGAACACACGGAACCUCAAGGACACCGCACAGACUGACCGAGUGAGCCUGCGGACCGCGCUCAGCUACUACAACCAGAGCGAGGACGGGUCUCACACCAUCCAGAGGAUGUGUGGCUGCGACCUGGGGCCUGACGGGCGCCUCCUCCGCGGGUAUGAACAGUACGCCUACGACGGCAAGGACUACAUCGCCCUGAACGAGGACCUGCGCUCCUGGACCGCCGCGGACACGGCGGCUCAGAUCACCCAGCGCAAGUGGGAGGCGGCCAGUUGGGCUGAGGAGAUGAGAGCCUACCUGGAGGGCAGAUGCAUCGAGUGGCUCCACAGAUACCUGGAGAACGGGAAGGAGACGCUGCAGCGCGCGGAGUCCCCCAAGACACACGUGACCCACCACCCCAUCUCUGACCAUGAGGCCACCCUGAGGUGCUGGGCCCUGGGCUUCUACCCUGCGGAGAUCACACUGACCUGGCAGCGGGAUGGGGAGGACCAGACCCAGGACAUGGAGCUCGUAGAAACCAGGCCCGCAGGGGAUGGAAACUUCCAGAAGUGGGCGGCUGUGUUGGUGCCUUCUGGAGAGGAGCAGAGAUACACAUGCCAUGUGCAGCACGAGGGGCUGCCCCAGCCCCUCACCCUGAGAUGGGAGCCGCCCUCCCAGCCCACCAUCCCCAUCGUGGGCAUCGUUGCUGGCCUGGUUGUCCUUGGAGCUGUAGUCACUGGAGCUGUGGUCACUGCUGUGAUGUGGAGGAAGAAGAGCUCAGAUAAAAAAGGAGGCAGCUACUCUCAGGCUGCAAGCAGCGACAGUUCCCAGGGCUCUGAUGUGUCUCUCACGGCUUGUAAAGUGUGAGACAGCUGCCUUGUGUGGGACUGAGAGUCAUGAUUUAUCCACACCUUCUGUUUGUGACUUCAAGAACCCUGACCUCUCUUACUACAAAAGCAUCUGAAUGUGUCUGUGUCCCUAUAGGCAUAGUGUGAGGAGGUGGGGAGACCAGCCCAGCCCCGAGUCCACCAUGACCCCCUUCCCCACACACACCUGCAUUCCUUCCCCGGUCACCUUUCCUGUUCCAGAGACCUGGGGCUGGGAUAUCUCCAUCUCUGUCUCAACUUCAUGGUGCACUGAGCUGUAACUUCUUACUUUCCUAUUAAAAUUAGAAUGUGAAUGUAAUUUACUUCUUGAAAUUAUUUCCAUGAGACACUGAUGGGUUAAUUAAAGGAAAAGAUUCCUGAAAUUUGAGAGACAAAAUAAAUGGAAGACCUGAGAACCUUC